AUGGCUAGCAAAAUUGUUGUUUUAGUACUCAUGAGUGCCCUUGUUUGCACCACCAUUGAUGCUAGGAAGCUCGUUGGUGGACUUGAUGAGCAAAAAACCUUCCUUCCCAGUGAGCCACUCCAACCUGGUGGUGGUGGACUUGGAAUCGGGACAGGAGGAGGCCUCAGUUUAGGGAUAGGUUUUGGUCAUGUUGGAUUGGGUGUUGGUAGCGUGUUUGGAGGUGGAAUAGGGCUUGGACAUGGGGGUGGAGCGGGAGGAGGGUUUGGCGGUGGUGUUGGUGGUGGUGCCGCCGGUGGUGGUGGAGGGCUUGGAAGUGGAAUCAUCCCCUAG